CUAGCCGCUGCCUGCCCGCCUCACAGGCUCACAGCCGCCGCAGGGUGCCAGGGCGUUAGGGCCUUAGGGCAAAGCAUAGCAACGGCGGCUGCGCAGCAAGCAGUUCAGCUCAGCACCUCGCCGGACGCCGGCUCACCCAUCCGGCCAUCCCCUGCCGGCCGACUCUCCCUGGUCCCCAGCGCAGCAAGCAGUUCACCGGAGCCGGCGCAGCAAGUAGUCAGGCAAGUCUCCAUUUCCAGAUCUCAACACAGGUUGAUUAACAAGGUUUGGGUUUGGGAGCACUUCACAAGGUAUGAGGUAGAGGUUCAGGAAGCUGAUGGUUCUAUUGUUAAGCAAAAGUGGGCUAAAUGCCUAAGAUGUUCACAUAAAGCUAAGGCAUAUAGUUAUAAUGGCACAAAGGCUUUUAGUAACCAUUUAAGGAUGAAGCAUCAAGUUUUGAAAGGUCAACAAAUGCUUAGUCAGAGUGGGGAUGCCAUAGCAACAUAUAAAUAUGAUGAGAAUGCUAGUGUGAGACUUUUAUAUUAUGCCAUUAUCAUGCAUGAGUAUCCGUUUAGUAUUGCUCAACAUAGGUACUUUGUGAAAUUCAUCAAAUCAUUAAGACCAUCAUUUCCUUCGAAGUCUCGUGUUACUGUUUGUAAAGAGAUCAUGGAACUUUAUAAGGAGGAAAAGAAUCUACUGUAUGCACAAUUCAAUAAACUAUCAUGUCGUGUUAGUUUUACUAUGGAUACUUGGACAUCUAUUCAGAACAAGUCAUAUUUGUGUGUUACUGCACAUUGGAUUGAUGAUCAUUGGAAAAUGCAAAAAAGGAUUAUCAACUUUAUGCAUGUAGAAGGCAGCCAUGGAGGAAUAAAAUUGAGCGAUACAUUUUUUGCAAAUGUGUUGAAUUGGAACCUAGAUAAGAAAAUGUUUGCUCUUUCUUUGGAUAAUGCUGCUGCAAACAAGGUAGCCGUUGAGAUAGUGAUUGAAAAUGCUAAAGAGUUGCUUGUAUGUGAUGGAAAAUUCUUUCAUGUUAGAUGUGCAAAUCAUAUAUUGAAUCUAGUUGCUAGAGAUGGAUUAUCAUGCCUUGGAAAUGUCAUUGGAAACAUUAGACAAUUUGUAACAAUUAUCAAAAGGUCACCUUUGCAGUUGGAGGCAUUUGAGAAAUGUGCUAAAGAAUGUGGUCUAGACCCUAAAAAGACCCUUUCCUUGGAUGUUGCUACUAGAUGGAACUCUACAUAUAUCAUGAUUAGAGAUGCCAUUUACUAUAAGAAUGCUUUUGAUCGUCUGGCUAAAAAAGAUAAGGACAAAUAUGGUCACAUCAAUCCUUCAAGCACUGAUUGGUUGAAUGCAACAAAUAUUAGCAAGUGUUUGAAAAAAUUCUAUGAUGUCACAUUGCUUUUUUCCGGUACUUCAUAUCCUACUGCAAAUCAUUUCUUUCGGAAGUUUUCUGAGAUUAAGAUGGCUAUUGCAAGAUGGUGUGAUAGUAGUGAUCUGGUAAUUUGCACAAUGGCAUUUUCUAUGAGACACAAGUUUGAUAAAUAUUGGGAAAUGAACAAUUUAGCUUUGGCAGUGGGAGCAUUUCUUGAUCCUAGAUACAAACAUAGGAUGAUUGAGCUAUAUAUGUCUAAGAUGUAUGGCAGUGAUAAAGCCGAGUUAGAGAAAUUAGUAUUCAUGAAUGUUAUCAAUGAAUUAUUUGCAUAUUAUUCAGCAGUCAUCAAUGCAAAAUCAACCACAAAAGGUUCUAGUUCAAGAGAGAGUGAGUUUGUUCCACAUAAAAAUACUUGUUUGGUGGAUGAGGAGGAGGAUGAGGUUGAUCUUGAUGAGUUGUAUGCAACAACAAGCAAUGACAAGAAGGUGUCAGAGUUAGAUUUGUAUAUGAGCGAGGACCUAGUGAAGGUCAAUGACAAUGAAGCAACAUUUGAUAUCCUAUCAUGGUGGAAAGGGCAAGUCACAAAUUUUCCUAUUCUUUCUACCCUUGCUCGUGAUGUGUUGUCUAUGCAAGUGUCUACUGUUGCUUCAGAGUCUGCAUUUAGUUCGGGUGGACGCAUUGUUGAUGCAUUCCGUUCAAGACUCAAACCAGAAUUUAUUGAGGCAUUGGUUUGUUGUAAAGAUUGGAAGAUUGCUUCGGAGAAAGAUUUGGAGAUUGAAAUUAAAACCUUAAGUGAACCUAUGAAUGACGUUGACUUGGAGGAUGCUGCUGCAAUUGGAACUUGAGAAGUUAAAGUUCAAGUUACCAUGGAUGAUGUUGAACUUGUUACUUAUUGUUGUAAUGUUGUGGAGCGGAGGUUUGCUGGUUGUUUGGUUGUUGCAACUUUAUUUUCUUAUUUGCACUUCUUCACUUGAACAUGUUAAUUAAUGUCAACUAUCUACUAUUUGUUAUAUACUUGUGGAUUUGUGGAUUAUGCCUAAAAUAGGGGAAAUGCUGCCGAAUUUUUUUAAUAUUAGUAACUUUGAACUGCA